CCCGCGAUAUCUGGAACGCUAAACAAAAUGGCGGCUUCUGGUAUGUCACACGGAAGAAGGAAAGGAAAUAAAGUCCAGGUGGAGCGGAAUUUUGAUCAGAAUUGGAGACAACCUCCAAGAUCAGGGUCUCCUAGUACAUCACAUGUGAAUGGUAACAGCUCCCACUCCUCUCUUAAAAGAGAUCCAAAUGCAAGUCCUGCAGAUCAGGAAUUUAAAAAGAAUGUAGAUUUUUUACAAAGAGAAUGGAGAAAAUUGGAAGCUGAGUUAAAGUCAAAAAAAGAUACAAUUACGCCAUAUGUUGGUCGUGAUCCAGAAAAACCAGAUUCCCAGGGUGUGGAUUUGGAUGCAUUCCUUGAAAAUGUCCACCGCCUUCAGCAGCAGCAACAAUUACAAUAA